GGGCUGUUAUUUGCAAUCCCGGGAAGGAGGCUGGUCGGCCCUGUUGCCUACCCGUGCGUGGGGAGUGAAAGGUGUUGGUUGGCCACCCGCAGCAGUGAGAAGAAGUCAGCUCGAGGUCGCUGCGACUGAUUUCGGGCUGUCCCCGGUGGAUGUUUGGUGCUUGCUGUCUUGCCUUGCCUCUUUGGCCUUUCCUGAAGGGAUCAUUAUGGACGAAUUAAGUCAGGCAUUGUCCACCAGCUUUACAGUCUCUCUGGACCUCAACAGCAUUGCCGCUCCACAUCCACGACUUGCCCAGUACAAACUCAAAUCCAACACACAGGAGCAGGCAGAGCGGAGGUGGAAACUUCUGGAGAACCAAAAAUCGCAGCGACUGAAUUAUGUUAACCAUGCAAGGCGUCUGGCUGAAGAUGACUGGACAGGAGAAGACAGUGAGGAGGAACCAGAGGGACAUGAUGAAAUGGAAGUUGAAGUGAGAAAGAAGAAGUUACCCAAACGCUACGCAAACCAGUUAAUGCUUUCUGAGUGGCUGGUGGAUGUACCCAGUGACCUGGUUGAAGAAUGGCUGCUGGUGGUCUGUCCUGUGGGCAAGCGGACUCUCAUCGUAGCUUCCAGAGGGAGCACGGCUGCGUACACGAGAAGUGGCUUCUGUGUAAACAGGUUUCCCUCGCUCCUCCCUGGUGGAAAUCGGCACAACUCUGCUACUGGCAAAGAUUACACCAUAUUGGACUGUAUUUACAGUGAAGUAAACAGAACAUACUUUGUUUUGGAUGUGAUGUGUUGGAGGGGUCACCCAGUCUAUGAUUGUCAGUCCGAAUUCAGAUUUUUCUGGCUUCAGUCAAAAUUGGAAGAGGAAGGAGAGAAGCUGGCUGAGAUAACAUCCCACAAUCCAUUUAAGUUUGUGGGCCUGCCAAGUUUGCCAUGUACCCCAGAAGCUAUUUGUCAGACUUUGGCUGCAAUUUAUCCAUUUGAGGUGGAUGGGUUGCUGUUUUACCACAAACAGACACACUACACCCCGGGGAGCACACCGCUGGUUGGCUGGCUGAAACCAUACAUGGUGGCUGACAUCCUCGGACUGACUGUCCCGGCCUGCCCUUUGUCCACGAAGCCUGAAUAUGCCAACGCACAAAUGCAGCAGAUAAUCGCGCUGAAAAAGAGCAAAUCUGAGGGGUGCAGCACUAGCCCAAGGAAGAAGGAGAGCCGAUACGAGUUGGAGCAUCUUUCCACUCCCAAAAAAGCUGAAUCAUCAACCUCUUAAAAUGGAAUGCACGAGUAAAAUCGGAAGCUGAGUGUCUUGGCUGUAUGGACAGUGACCUCUUCCAGGAUAGUACAUCCCCUGCCAGAAACCCUCAAUGGACCAGCACUCCCUGGUUUAUUUAUUUUAAAAAUAAGUUAUAUUUGAGCUUUCAAUACAGCAGGCUCUUAUUGAUUUGGAAAUGUUGAGAAACGUGGUUUGGGGCUAGUUGUGCCUUUGCUUGUUCUCGCAGCUUGGCUGCACACCGAUGCAGAGCAAGUAGGUUAUUUGUCUUGAGUUUUGGCAAGUGCAGUUCCUACUUUUGGGGCAUUCUGCACAAGGCUGGUGAGUCAGUCAUUUAAUGAGAGGAAGCAGAAUAACACUCACUAGGAACAUUCCCAUAGUUAUAAUUUAUACGGGAGGAUGGUUGUAAGGGUAUCUGUGAAUGAAGAGUGUCUGUUAGCAUUGGGUUUCAACUCAGGAUAGAAUCAAAUGAGAGGCUUGAGUUGUAAGUUAGUUUUUGUUUUAAUUCUGCAGGUUAGGAACUGGAGUGUUUUUUUUGAUAUUCCUGAACACAGGAACAUGAGCAAACUUGUCACAGGUGUUGGAGACACAAGCAGACUUUGAUUCUCUGACACAUUGUCCAUUUGGGUAAAACCAUGCAGAUCCAGAAAAGCAGAAUUCGUUUGAAGGUGUGCUGCCAUUGAGUCAACUCAUUCUGACAAAUCUUUAGUUGCCUGCCAGGCACAUGUGCAGCUUUAUACAGCUUCCGAUCAACAUUGCUGUGUCUGCAUUUCCUCCAGUGAUGUAUGCAGUUCAUUUCUCCCUGUAUGCUCUUGGCUGUUCCUAGGGUCAUAGGAAGGUUGGAAAUGAGCCGUCACUUUCAAAAGAGAAAUGUUGCUGAAUCUGAGGUUCAAUGUCUCCUCUUGAACAACUGUCCUCUGAAAUAUCCAUGUGGAAAUGUAAUAGUUGGUUUUGCUGGAAAUCCUGUGUUUUUAUUUUGUGCCUGCUUUAUCCCAGGUCGUUGUUUCUCAAGGUUGAUUUAUCACUUUUCUGAAAGUGUUCAGCACUGUGCUAAGUAUGAUCGAUUGUACUAUCCACCAGUCUUGUGACCUGCUUUUUAAAUAAAUCAAAAAAUUCUCGUAGUAAAACUGAA